AAACUCCCAAUACUACAUGACGCAUCUGUCCUAUUAUUUUACAUGACAUGUCGAUAAUAUGAGUUAUCUUAACUUACGUAAUUAUAUACCUAAUGCCCACGAUAACUUUCGAACCAACCACUCAGUUAUUCCCGGACCGACCUCCGUACGACUCUUAUUAAAAACCAAAAAUGGAGGCUGUUGUAUUUGAUGGAAGUGCUCUCAACUUGUAUUACCAAAAAGACUAUCCCCUGCCGAAGCUGAUCAACGAUGAUGACGUCAUCGUGAAGGUCCACUACUCAGGCAUCUGCGGCACUGAUCUCCAUAUCAUACAGGGUGAAUUUCCAGCCAUCAAAUCCCGUCCCAUUCCUCUCGGCCACGAGUCCUCAGGAGUCAUCCACGAGGUCGGCAAGAACUCUAUCUUCAAAGUGGGACAGAAAGUUGUCAUCGACCCCAACACUUCCUGCAGUCUGUGCGAUUUCUGCCGUAAAGGUAACUACCAGUACUGCCUGACUGCUGGUAUCAACAGCACCAUCGGAAUCUGGAAGGACGGUGGCUGGGCACAGUAUGUCCGAGUGCCACAGAGCCAGGUCUUCGCGUUACCCGAUGGAAUUACUACUGAACAGGCUGGCCUCUGUGAGCCCUACUCCUGCGUGUCCCACGGCUUUGACCGCGCCUCCCCCCUCAAAGUAGGAGAAAAGAUUCUCAUUCUUGGAGCUGGUAUCAUUGGUAACCUUUGGAUCACCACCCUGCACCACCACGGCCACAGGGAAGUCACUGUCUCUGAGAUGAACCGGACCAGGUUGGACAUCGUCAAGAGAUUGGACACCGGCUUCAGGCUAGUCACCCCUGAUGUUUUGGCAAACGAGAAGACUACUUAUGACGUCAUCAUUGACUGCACAGGAGUGGGGAAGGUGAUGGAGAUUUCCUUUAACUACCUAAAGGAGGGAGGAAAGUACGUGCUGUUUGGAUGCUGCCCCCCUACACACACCACUUCCCUGAAUCCCUUCGAUAUUUACAACAAGGAGUUGACCAUUAUCGGAGUGAAGAUCAAUCCGUUCAGUUUCCCCAGUGCAAUCAGCUGGCUGAAGGCUAUGGGCAGCAGAUAUCUGGACUACCACAAACUUGGAGUCAAGACCUACAAACUAUCGGAGUAUAAGGAGGCCAUGGAAGAUCUGAAGAAGGGCAGUGUUGCCAAGGCCGUGUUCAAGAUCAACCAGGAUUAAUAAACAAACUGAUUUACACACAAACAAUAAUUAUUUAUAAAAAUAUCUUUUUGAAAAUGGCAGCUGUCUUAAAAUAGGGAUGAUGACUGGGUCAAAAAUAAAUUAUUACAACUUUUCAAUACAAUAAAAUAUUCAAAAAUAAUCACACUUUCAUUCAUAAAUUUUAUGAAAUACUUAAUUUUCGAUUUUUUCUAGCUAAAUUUCUAGAAAUAAGUCUGCUAUUUGAUUUGACGUAAAAAUCUGAUGACGUCAUUAUAGAGUAUUUCAUACAAAGUUCAUAGAAAAUAUCGUUUUUGACGUUUCGAAAAAAGUAUUGAAUUUGACUAGUAGGAAACUAGCCUAUUGCUACGAAUCUUAGAUACCUCUUUCGCUUCAUCAACAGUCAUCAGUCUUUUCAUGCAUGCUCGUCGGUUAAGGGUACUUUUAAUUUGGCCCUUCUUUAAUACAUGAAUAAUUUAAAUAUUAUAUUUAUUGAUUGCCCUGAUUGGCUGAUGUUUUGUGUAUCACAAUGUAAUCACAAUAAAAUUAAUCAAAUAAAUAUUUUAUUUUGUUGUUGUUUUA